GGACUCCAACACAUCGGCAACUUACACAGCUUUCUCUCCCCUCUAUGUCUGUGAUUCUCAAUCAAAGUCCACGGAACAUCAUACGAAAGAACCCAAGAACUCUUCCUGAUCCAGAAAGAAGAAUCGUGCUGCAAUGAGAUGCUAUUGGAAGCGAGCAGUAACCAGUGGCUCUUUGCUGUUUCUUUGUCUCUUUGUUUACCUUUGUCUGAGGGAUGAGGAGCCCAAAAUAUUGGAAAAAGACAGGAGGUUGGCCAGAGAACUGGCCAUGCAGCAGCUCUACUCUGAGAGGAACGGGCAGAGCUUCAGGGAGCUGCUCAACCUCUCCUCAACCAUCAACAUCACCUAUCAGUACCUGGCGGGUUUUCCUGUGCUGAGAAAGAAGUUUCUGGCUGUCGGACUUUCCUCAGUCAGAAGGAAACGAGGCAAUUACUUGCAGGAAACCCUGAAGUCCAUCUUCACACAAUCCACCAAUGAGGAGCUCCUGGACAUGGUGGUGGUGGUUCACUUGGCAGACUUCGACUUGGGCUGGAACACACAAGUGGUGCUCAAAAUCACCCAGAAAUUUGCUCACCACAUUAUCUCAGGCCGCCUGAUAAUCAUCCACGCCCCCGAGCAGUACUAUCCCCCGCUGAAAGGGUUAAAACGAAACUACAAUGAUGAGGAUGAUCGAGUGACAUUCAGGUCCAAACAGAACGUGGACUACGCCUUCCUGAUGAACCUCUGUGCCAAUUUAUCGGAUUAUUACUUGAUGCUGGAGGACGAUGUUCAAUGUUCUCACUCCUUCCUAAGUGCAAUUAGAAAAGUGCUGGCUUCCAAGGAGGGGUCUUACUGGGUGACACUGGAGUUCUCUAAGCUGGGCUACAUUGGCAAGCUCUACCACGGGUCUGACUUGCCCAGGCUGGCUCACUUCCUGCUGAUGUUUUACCAAGAGAUGCCGUGCGACUGGCUGCUCAAUCACUUCCGAGGCCUCCUCACCCAAAAGGAUGUCAUCCGUUUCAAGCCGUCCCUGUUCCAGCACAUCGGCUAUUACUCCUCCUUCAGAGGCACCGAGAAUCGCCUGAAGGACGACGACUUCGAGGAAGAUUUCUUUGACAUCCCAGACAAUCCUCCAGCGCACAUCUACACAAAUCUCAAAGUGUUUGAAAAUUAUAAUCCCACCAACGCCUACAGCAACAGUGAGGAGUAUUUCUGGGGCAAAUCCCCCUCUGCUGGGGACUAUUUCACGAUUGUAUUCACAAAGACAGUCAACAUUAGCCGAAUCCAGGUCGUGACGGGCUUGGUGGAACGGCAGAACGAUGUCCUCAAUGCUGGGAUUCUUGAGAUUGGGAAGCAUCAGACAGUGACACUGAGCGGGCAAGACUGCUCACACUAUGUCCAGCUUGGGGAGUUCCAAAAAGGUCGAUAUGAUCAGAAGGGUCUCGACACCGCUGCUGGUAACGAAGUGCAAUGUGUGCGGAUCCGCAUUACCAAGAGCCAAAACGACUGGCUGAUUAUCAGAACCAUAAACAUCUGGUCGAAGCACAGCUAGCCCACAUGAAGGCUCUCUCAUCCUGCAUUGAAGACAGAGCCUCACAGUGUCUCACACCACGACUCACACUAUAACUCGCACUGCAAUCCUUCCCCACGUGCUUCAUGUGUGAGCAUAGACGCUGACAGCACCUUAGACCAUGGAGAAGGAAUGGAGGAAUCACAGUCUGAUCUGAUCCUUCAGUCAGCUGAUGAUCAACAGCAGCUUGCAUGUAUAUAGCACCCUUGUUGUGGAGUAGGCUGACAGAGCGCUGAAUUCAUCCACACAUCAACUUCCCCAAAGAUCCCUCCCCCAAUUACAACCAGAGGCUAAUCACUUUACUAACAGAACGUGCAGCAUGUUGCACAGCGUGUCGCUGUGCAUAUAGAUAUAUAUUCCAGCACUUGUGUAAUGAAUGCCACCCUCUCAUUUACUUGGACUGCUUGCUGUUCCUAGUGAAUUAGAUUUUAAUGAUCUAUGAAAUCAAGCCACUGGAUCUAUCCCUGCUUAUUUAUCUCCCCCUCCAGUGUUUAGACCAUAUAUAGACUAUUUGUAUACCAUAUAUAGACUAGGAUAGACCAUAGAAAUCGCUAUUUCCAUCCCAAGUGAACUACCUCACACUUUCUGAUUUGCUAAACUCCAUCCGCCAUAGUUCUGCUUCAUUUUACUGUGUCUUUUUCUGAUUUGUUUUGCCUGUCUUCGUAAUUUAGAAUACCUCCGAGCUUAGUCAUUCACAAACCCAGAAACAAAGCAGUCUAUUUAUUUGUCCAGGUCAGUGAUGUACUGGACAGCACGAGAAGCUGGGCCUCAGCACCCACUCAAUAAUCACAGAACCUCCCUUUUUUAUCAACCCUACGUUUCCAGUUUCCCAACCAAUUGCCUUCAACUCAAUGUGUGCCUUAAUGUCAUCCAACAAUCUCUUCAUAGCUUUAUAGCUGCAGCGAGGUGUGGGGGUGAGAGCUGCAGCGAGGUAUGUGCCUUCUGAAAACCCAUCUCCAUGACAUUAUCCCCCUUUAUAUUUCUGUCGAACCCUAGGAUAGACUUGUGAGAUGUGGUCCACCUUCACAAAACCAUGAGACUCACUGAUCUGUGUAUAUUUAUCUCACUUAUUCUGUCUCCUAUGAUAGAUUCCAUUAAAGAGUGAGGUGAGGGGGGUUAAUAAAUGGAGAGCAGUAGUGGUUGGGGGGGAUUUUUAUUGAGUAAUGGCUAUGAAAGCAGACGGAGAAUCAAAUAAGUCUUUGCCUGUAAUAUUGUUGCCAGCUCUGAGCACAGGAGGAAUUCUAACCUGAAGUUGCUGUAGCAAACAGCACCAACAUCUCUCAUUAUAACAUGCGGGUUUCUGAUCAUGAUGUUGUGACUGUGAUGGUGACACAUGACUGGUUCUGAGGAAAAGUCGUUUCCUUUGGGAAUGAAUCUUCAGGAAAUAUACGGGAGAGUUUAGAAGGUCUUUGUGUAUUUGUUGUAUUUGCACUGUCAUUUAUGAAUUGAAGCACAAUCUGCCUUUCUUGCACUGUUAAUAACCACUGCUGUUCUGUCAACGUUGAGCACAAUGAAUGAAGUGCGGUCACCUCACAAGCGAGAGGACCUGGGUUCUUGCUCUUCACUUUGAGACAGUAAAUCACUCCACUGAGAACAUCUCACUUUAGCUUGUUUUAAAUUGUAAACAAAAUGUGGUGGUGAAAGUUUUUCUCUCUUUAAGCUCUUGAGGGCGUUCCCCGUGUUUGAAGUUGCACUGAAAAUGUACAGAAAUAAAAUCAUUUGUUGAUUACUUGUA